GGGCACCGCGUCAUCUGGCAAGGCAGUGGGCUCCGAGUCAACUGGUAUGGACACGGGCACUGGGUCAUUUUGGCUCGACAGCGGGCACCGCUCAGGUACCGGAUCAUCUGGAUCCGACAGCGGGCAUCGAGUCAACUGGCCUAAUAGGAUCGUCAGGCUGGAUAAGUUCAUCAUGCUGGGUAGAGGCAUUAGGCCGAGUAGAGGCUUCAGUGCCGAGUAGAGGCUUCAUGGCCGAGUAGAGAUGCUUCAGGCCGAGUAGAGGCAUCAGUCUGA